AUGCUCAAGUCCACGUAUUCCUGGACGAAGUGUCCCUUGGUGGCUUCUGCCCCCAUGCUCAACAUCGCCAUGGCCCCGCUAGCAGUAUCAGUCUCUGCCGCCGGUGGUCUGGGCUUUCUCGCAGCAGGAUUCGACGUCUCAAAUCUGGAGAAGAACCUGGAAGAUGCCGUUAGUCUCGUGAAGCAAUCCAGUGGUGCGAUGCGGCAGGCGUAUGAUGCAACAGGCAUCCUCCCCAUCGGAGUCGGCUUCAUCAACUGGGGCGCCGAUCUCACACGCUCGAUAGCCGCGAUCCAGAAAUACAGGCCCUGUGCCGUGUGGUUGUUCGGUCCUACGGCCCAGCCCGAUGAUCUAGUGCCGUGGGUAGACCAGGUGCGUAACGGGACCUCGGGCGAGACCCAGAUCUGGGUGCAGGUUGGCACCGUGGGGGAGGCGGUGGCCGUUGCCGAGACCCUGCGGCCAGAUGUGCUGGUGGUUCAAGGAUCUGACGCUGGAGGACACGGCCUAGCUCAAUCAGCGUCCAUCUUGACUCUUGUUCCUGAGGUUCGAGACGCGCUGCGAGAACGAAACAUGACUCGGAUUGCUAUCCUGGCUGCUGGCGGUAUCGUGGAUGGACGAGGAAUAGCGGCGGCUCUUGCGCUCGGGGCAGUAGGAGGUGUCAUGGGAACACGCUUCCUGGCCUCUGCUGAGGCGAACAUAGCCCGUGGGUACCAAAAGGAGGUCUUGCGGGUGUCUGACGGAGGUAUCAGCACCGUCAGGUCAACGGUCUACGAUCGAGUGAGGGGCAUAGGAGGCUGGCCCCGUCGAUAUGAUGGACGCGGUGUCAUCAACGAGAGUUAUCACGAUGCUGCGGAACGGGGAAUGGACGAUGCGGAAAAUCGCAGACUAUACCAAGAAGAAUUGAAGAAAGGUGACGCCGGAUGGGGUCCCCAGGGUAGAAUGACAACAUAUGCUGGCACAGGUGUUGGUCUGGUUCGAGAGAUCUUGCCGGCCUCGACCAUCGUGGCAAACACCUUGGCUGAAGCAAGAGACACAAUCCAGGGAAUUACAAUCGAUUGA